AAAUGUUUCGUCCAGCCAUCACCAGAUUAGCCAUUCGUCACCAAUCUACCGUUAGCAAGACUGCCCCAAGAGCCUUGUCCAACGCCUACGUCGGCAAGUUAGAAACCAGAUGGGCCACUUUACCUAAGCAAGAUCAGACUGCUUUGAUAGAUGAAUUGAAGGCCAGAAUGGAAUUGCCAUGGCAAGAAUUGUCUCCUGCCGAAAAGAAGGCUGCCUACUACAUCUCGUUCGGUGAAUGGGGUCCAAGAAAGCCAUUGUACGGUCCAGGUGACAAGGCCAAGGUUGUCUAUGGUGUUGUUGGUGGUAUCUUUCUUUCUAUUGUUUUGUUCGCUGGUAUCAGAUCGUUGGGUGCUCCAGCACCACACACCUUGGACAGAAAGUGGCAAGAGGCCUCCGACGAGUACUUGAAGUCCAAGAACGCCAACCCAUUCACUGGUUACUCUCAAGUGCAAUAAGCGACGUGUUGGUCUUCUUUACUCCAUCUCACAUUUUCAUCUCCAAUCCAUUCCUCAUUAUAAUUUUAUUUAUAACGAAUAGUCAUUUAAAACUUAUUCAUAAAUCCCCAAUUUACAGAAUAUUUGAUAUUCAAUUUUUAUCAGCCAAAAGAUGGCAUAUAUGAAAUAAGACGAUCGCCCUUAUCAAUAUUUUAUGUCAAGUUCUCAUUGAAUGGUGGAUUUCCUUUUUGUUAUUGUUUGCCAAUAUAUAGAAGGAUGUUUAGUAUUCGUUAAUAUUCAACUUUUGACAUGAAAUAAAUGAUAACCCCGAUAGCAUGAUUUGAAUUAAUGAGACAAUUUAUUCCAUCUUUUGCAUCCAAUGAAAUAAAUUUUUGUUUGUCCACGGCUUUUGUUAAGGAUAGUUAAUUCUUUUCACUUGUUUUCUGUUUGCUUUUAUAUGAAGAUCUUAUGAAACCAAUAAAAAGAUAUAU